UGUAAAUUUUCACAACUCGGAAUGGCAACUAUCGUCCGUGUGAAACGUAGAAGAAACGAAGAUCCCUUGGAAUCGAUUGUCAUUUCAUGUAAAAGGAAAAAAGAAGAAAAUCAUCCCCAAGCAAAUUCGUUGGAAAACGAACCCCAAAGUUCCCUGAAAUUCGCAGGAACUGUUGCUUCAAAGGUUGAAGGUGUUUCCAGACAAAUAAGAGAUGCUAUAAGAAAAGAAAAACUUCAAAAAGAAUAUAAACAGCACACUGUCAAUAUUACAUCAAAAAAUCGCCAAAGACAAAAACAGUCUUCACAAAAUAGUAGAAUAAAAAUCAUAUCAUCUUUACGUAAUAUUGAAUUAGACAGACUUGAUAAAAAUGAUGAAGAAAUAUGCAAUUCUGACAGUAAGAAAUUGACACAUAGUGAAAAUGCUAAAACUAAUAGAUUAUCAAACGGUGAACUAUCUAGUGAAGAGACAAAUGGAGGUACCAAAACAAAAAUGCAUAAUGGAGCAUGUGCUAAUGAUUCAAAUGAAGGUGACCAUUGUAACAAAACAAGAACUUGUAAUGGGGCACACAGUAGUGAUUCAAAUGUUAAUGAUGAUAAGGGUGCUGCAAAUACUAAUGAAAAAGUGUACCAACUAUUAGAUGUUGAAAUAGAUCAACCAUCACAGAUGCCAACCUUUGAAUCAUUAUUGAAAGAAUCUCAGUCAGCCGAUAACAUAACAUGUAAUUCUGUACCUCUUGUCAAACAGACAGUCUCACAACAGGAAGAAGAUUAUGUUUAUGAUUUGUACUAUACAAAUAACCAAGAAUUUAAUUUCAAAGCUUUAGAAAGUGACUUAAAAAUUCAAUUAUAUGAUGAUGAACUGAUAUUUGCUGAUGACAGAAAUUUUACAAAUGAAGAAAUAUAUGAGGAUGAAGAUGACAGUAAUGACGAAGACAACUGGAGGAAUGAUUAUCCAGAUGAAGAUCCUCAUUUUUAUGAAAAUGAAGAUGCAGAGUAUCAUUACGGAGAUGACGACAGAGACACUGCAGCAUUUGAACAUCAGGACCAUGAUUUAGCAGGUUGGAUGUCAUCUAGAUGUAAUAUUGAAGCUGGAGAUGUAAGUGAUGAUGAACCUGGAUCUUCUUAUGACAGAUAUUACCACAUGGUAAAACAAGAGGUAGACCAUAUGGAAUGAGGAUAUGGGAUAAUUAGACUGGAUAUACAGAUAUUACCUCAUCAUUGAACAACAGAUGUUAAAAGAACAAGCUUAAAUACCAUAUCUGUUUACUUACCAUCUGUUACUGUGCUAACCCAUAUACUUUCAUUUUGAUAACAUUAUUAUGAAAACUAAUUGUUAUCCUUGUGAAAAAUAGUACUGAUAAUGAGAUAUUUAAAACAAUGCAAUGCAAUUUAUAUAAUGAAAAAUCCAUUGAAAUGUUUAGAGGAGUAUAAACCUGAUAUAAAUAUCAUUAUAUGGAUAUUAAAGUAAAGAAGUUUGUGUUCAGUAUUGUGCAAUUAUAAAUUUCAAAUAAUGAGAAUGUGGUCAGAGAGUAAAAAUUUUAUUUUCUAAGUUCAGUUAAACAAUUGGUGCAAAAUAUUAAUGAACAUGUAAUAUGUCUCCAUUCAAAUGUUAUUUGCACUUGCAAGCUUGUGCAAUUUACUGCUUAAUACAGCCAUUUAUUAAAUACCACUGUUUAUUAGAUAGCAAGAUGUAUCAAGUUUAUGUUUUUACAUGCCAAAGUUUUUACUCAGGCUUAUGUUGGGAAAUAUAAGGGUAACAGUGAUUAUAUGUUUAUAAAUCAUAACUUUCAUGAAAUGCUGUGAUGAAUGGAAAUAUGUUCAUCAGAAAUUACUUUAAAACCUUAAGGUCAACAUUGGAUGUACGUAUAUUUUUUACAAUAAGCCAAAAACUAAUGCUUUUUUUAAAGAAACGAAUAAUAUUUCUUUUGGAACUACAACACAUCAGUUUUAGAGUAAUAUUAAAUUUAGGAGAUGUGGUGUUAUUGCAAAUGAAGCAACUAUUUAUUAAGGACCAAAAGGCUAAAGAACAAUUACAGAUAGAUUCUACAAUGAGCAAAACUCACCAAGCUUUGUUUAUAAAAGAGACAUGAUUUAGAUGGUAUUUCACAAUGAAAUAAUUAUUGACUCAAUGAACCUUUGAAAUCUGUUAAAUUAAGAAUGACAAAUUUUGAAAAUCUUUUGUGAUAAAGUGCUAGAAACACAUUAGAAGAAAGAGGAAAAACACCUGGAUACUUAUUGAGCUUCUAUCUUUGUGUAUAAAUUGUUGUAUAAGUGUAAGAGAUUUUUACAUUUUAUUCACUAAGUGAAGUUAAAUAAUAUAUUGAACUUUAAAAAUUACUAUGUAAUGAAAUAACUUGUCAAUAAAAUUAUUUCAUUUUUA